GUGGACUGAUCGGGAAUUGAACCCGAGACCUUUCGCAUGCGAAGCGAACGUGAUACCCCUACACCAUCAGCCCUUGAACCUCGUUUCGGUCGGCAUCGCGUCACAAACUAGUUCCAAAAGAAACAGCACCCGCCACGGACUCUUUAGUGUGUAUCCAUAUUACGAAACUUCCCUUCCGUGGCGAUUCUGUCGCGAAGCAGCCAUGUCUACAUGUGUUUCCAAUGGGGAUGCUCCACCGCACUUUGUGUCCCGAACUGUUGGCCAAUCAAGAGAGUCGUUGACAACGUCAAAAUUCUUUCGAGGAGCAUGAAAUACAGUCCUGGGUUCUGUACUGCAUCUUUGUUUUUAGAGUGAUUCUUGACUGGGAACGCCACUACGAUUACACGGUUGUGUGUGAAAGACAAAACGUGGGGUUCCGUUGGUACCCGCGGCGUGUCACAUGAUCAGACGGUCGCAGAGGAAGCUUUCUGGUUGCUACGCACCCGCCCACUAGUUUUUACUGAGUUCCUCUCCUCAGGUGAUCAGUGAAUACACAGAGUAAAACACCAACUCGCAGCGUUUCCUUCUUCUGAGAGUUGCAUUCUCCGCUGUGUCGCGGCUACCGAGUCUGUCCGCCUGUGUUUUCGCUCCGACAUCAUUCCCGUCUCCUUUUGCUGCAGCCCUCAGAAGUUGACUGCUAUUCCACAUCCGGCUUCUUCCUUCACGAAACUGUGACAAAAACGCGCGCCCAGUUUGGUGUGUGUGUGUGACUCAAGCACUUCCGAUUCCUGUUUCGCCGUCUCUUUUGUUUGCUCUCGAGUUCUUUUCUUCGUCGUCUGACCCCAAUCCCAGCAAUGGAGACGUCGCGAAUCGACCCCCGGUGAGAGGGCGGCUUUCAGUGCGCCGUGUACAGACGUCCGAUAUAUUUUGCAUGAUUGAACAAGGGUCUUUUUCUUCGUCGCAGGAGGAUAUGUGGAGGAAAGUUGUUUCGACGAGUGAAGGCAGUAAACACCCGCUUGUCUCUUUGCACUUUGCGCCGGUUGUCUCUCCGAACCUACACGCGACAAAAGGAACGACGACCCCAUUGUCCCCCAUGCUCUCUCCAUUAUUUUCCCUAUCCAGUGGAGUUCUGCGUACCUUGUCUCUUUCAUUUGUUGCUCGUUCCUCUCUUUUCCGGGGCCUCGUGUGCCUUCCCCAGACCCGCUUCUGGUCCUUUCUAGGUUCCUUUCUGCCCCUUGUCUCUAUGGCUGCACAGUCGCGAGCGCGUGGAGGCCUUGGUGAGAGGGCUGAGGAGACAUGGAAGUCACUGCGAACUUCCGAGCGACAUCCUUCCGGAUCAGUUUGUCUUCUUUCCUCUUGCUCCCUCUCACCAAGCCGCCCGCGUCCCGUGCUGUUUCUUCUUUCCACCCUCCUUGUGUGUUUCCUGUGGAUCUCUUCCUUGUGUCCCGACAGCUGCUUUGCCCUUAGCGGCGGGCCUGCGACUUCGAGGACCCAGGUGCUUGAGCUUCCUAGCAUGCUGUCUUCUCUCUCGCGUACCCGCUUGCUCAACUCGGCACCCUUGUGCCGGUCUCAGUCUGCAUCCACUGUCCCCUUCUCUCUUCAUGGAGGAAUCCAGUCGGAGGCCGUGAGCUGCAGACGCCUCGGCUUCGUAGCGCCUUCAGUCGCGAAGAUGCCACGAGUGGAGUCUGUGCAGUUCUCGCGUGGAAGAACAGCCGGGGGGCUUUCCUGCGCCAGCACCGGGACUGCCCCGUGCCCUCCCGUGCACGCCGUCGGAGUUUUGUCGAAGAGAAACUCUUGCUCUUUUUCUACUCUACACCAUUUACAAAAUGUCGCAGUUGAGCAACACGGGGGCUCGGACCUCAAACAGGUGACCCGGGUGGAGGCCAGUCAAAGCCAGAGUUUUCCGCUAGCUUCUUUCCAUGUCGCGCCUAGAAGCAAUUCUUCAAGUUCUCGCUUGAACGCUCUACGUGAUGAACCCUUCUCGCCGGGUGCUUCCAGCUCACCCUCGCGCACCGGCAGAAGAGGAGGGCCUCUCCGGCAUGCAGAGAUGUCUGUGAACCGGGUGACGCUCCUUGGGAGACUGGGGAACAUGCCGGAGAUUCGUCGAAUGUCGAACGGUGACACGUUUGCUUGGUUUUCAAUGGCCACGUCGGUGAACUGGAUAGAUAAGGCAACCGGGGAUGCUCAUUCUCGGACCGAAUGGCAUCGCGUUGUCGUCUACGAUGAAUCCCUCGUCGACCUCGUGGAUAAGUAUCUUCACACAGGACGCCGCGUUUUUGUUACCGGUAAACUUCAGACUCGGCGGUGGACCGGUGCUGAUGGCGUUGAUCGUUAUUCGACCUCCGUCGUUGUUAGCCGCUUGCAGGGUGAGCUUAUCAUUCUUGACUCGCCGUCUUCAUCAUUUCAGUCCAAUUAUUCCAGUGCCAGCGAGUCUGGCCAGCCAGGCACCUCCGACUGGGCUUCAGGUGACUUAGGCGCCCCUGAUGGGGAAGGAAGUGGAGAUGCAAGCCAGGCUCUUGGCGCAUUCGGUGACAGCGGCAGCGACGGGCAGGGAUCGAGUGGACCGACCGGCAGUGGCACGGGGGGGACCAGCCUGGACGGAUCUGCGUCUGGAGGCAUGUAUCGCCUUUUCCGCUGAUUUGUCCUCUGAGGAAAUUUAUGGAACACGUUUGUAGUACAUGCGAGCCAGAGUGGACAUAAGUUUUAGGAUGACACAGUGGACUGACGGUGCAAAUUGGUAUGGAAAUAUGAUCAUUCUGUUUCUCCACCGUAAGACUCUUCGAACGAGCGAAACGGAAUGGUGAUCUGGAAGGCAUCCCAAAAUGCUGCGUAAGCUACUGAAUCGGCCUCUCGUCUCUUGGACAGACCCUGAGGAAGGCCCUACUAACGGACUCUUACGCACCCAGUUUGCUUGUGACUCAGGGGACUAAGGGAAACUGGGGAGUAGAAGAGGCCCAAGUGCCUCUUGAAAGGGUAGCGGGAUGCGUUUGGUGUGUGUUGUCUGUCCUCUUAGGACGCAACGCUGAUGAAGUGUGUGUCACGUUUCUGGCUCACACACCACGAGGUACAAAGAGCUCCUUAAGGUGGAGGGCUCUAGUACUGCUUUGUUCCAAAACUGAGAUCUGGGAAACGGCAGAAAGAUUAACUCUUUGCUGUGGCGGUGUGACAGUAACUAAGGAGCAGUGGCGUUUCCGCUUCAAACGAGGAACACGGGCUUCUGUUUUCCGCAUUUUUCUUAGUGCGACGAUCUGUCUGUGCUUCACCGCUCGUGCUCAGCUGUUUUUGCUUAGGCGACCACACACAAAGUAAUUUUGGCACCCAGUGAAUUAAUGUUGCGCGCGUCUUGUCAAGAAAACUCAAAACAAUCAUUUGCCGCUUUCUCCGUUUACGCGGGAGCCGCGUGUCUGGGAUCGCGAUCGAAGGGUUUCCUCGCGGUCUCCUGCGGCUCGUGUUCAGGGCCAUGUGUGCGUUUUUUCCCAACUUUUUUACAUUUCUUUCGGUGGUGGCAGCUUGGCCUCCGUCCUGUUGUCGUCGGGACGAAACGUCUCUGCAUACGGAGAGUCAACGUUCCGUCAGAGUUUGCGAAGCAGUGGUCGUAGGACUUUGCGUUCGCAUUUAAACAAAGAUUGCCUUUGACAGCCUGUAUCCGUGUUUAGAUGUGUAUUUGCUCCUGUCGCCAUUCGUUGACUGUGUUUAGCACGGGGAAUGAGAACAGGGUGUCAAGUUCUUGGGCUGGAGGUGUGUUAAGUUCCGUACAGUUGUAGGUAAAAGGUAUGUUGUACAUUAGCAGAAGUUUGAGUGGAUAUGUAUAUUUAGGGAGAUGUGGGUUGAGCCGACACAGGCAGACUUUCGCGUCCAUCGACACGAUGCUUUUAAAAGGUGAAACUGCCGUGCGUGUAUUCGCUUGCGCCGAUAACAGCAAUCCCGCGCCGGUUUUCCAAGAAAUUAAGGGCCUUUUCAAUCGUCCAUGGUAGGGGGUGCCAGCCCCACACUGGAAGGCAGCGAGCCAUAGGCCAUCUUUCUCUCUCUUUCAGUCCAACUGUGUUUCGGGCUUGAGCACGAAAAGCACGAGUGACA